UCCAAAAUGGCUGCCACUCCAGGAGGAGAAGAAUCUGUAUAUGAAACUGGAAGAUUAUCGCUUCUAGAUUUGAUAUUUGAGAAGAAUAGAGCGCAAAAUAAGAAACAACUUGUACAUCGUUUGGUUUACAUAUCGAAAAUACGACAAGAUGUUGCAGAUAGAAGAGAAGUAGGAGCUCAUUAUGAAAAACUGUUCAAAAACUCUCAAGCUCAGAUCCAUGGCGAAGCCGUUUCUGGUUUACUUUUAAUCUAUCCAGUCCAUAUUGUCCAUGUACUUGAAUCUUCAGCUAAUGUUCUCCAGGAAGUUAUUAAUGAUUUAGCAGAAGAGGAAGAACAGAGCAUUGGAGGAAUGAUGCAUAAUUCCAGGAUUCUUGUCUAUUCUGGUGAUCUUCAAAACAGACUAUUCACUCAAUGGAGCUUUAGGUGUAUCAACCAAUCAGCUGCAAGAAUGCAAGAGUAUACGACAAAUGAAUCCAUCGAUGUUGCCGUUAUGGAAGCACUCAAUCUAUUAUUAAAACUUGGUGAAUAUCUGGGAAAGCUUCCAAAGUUAAGUUUUAGUAAAACAAUGGACCAACUUCCAGAAAAAGUACCUGAACUCCUUGUUAGACAAGAUUUGCUAGAAUAUCUUAUCAAUUCAAAAGAACUCAGCUCCCCAUCAGAAUACCUGAAGAGAUACACCAAACCAUUAAAUGUUGUAUUAGAAAGUGAAUUAGUUUGGCCAAUGCAAACAAAGCUAUUUCCAGUUCUCAACUAGCUAUAGGUUGACUCUUGAAGACUAUAUAAUGACCUCAAUGUAAUGUGGCCCUGAAACUCAGCAGCUGGCAAUAUUGGAUGACAAAAGUUUAAAGUAGCUGUGUAUAUAUUUUUGGACAGAAUCUAAUUUUAUACAACUUUUGGUUUUUUUUCAUAUGCAUAAUAGCAGUUUCAGUAGCAGAUCCAGGGGUGGUUUGAUAGGUUCAAUUGAACUCCACUUUUGUGAGAUCUUGUGAAGCCAGUCAAAGCUUCUUCUGCAUAUACCCAAACCCUGGAUUCGCAACUGAGUAAUUAAAAAUUUCUUUAAUGCCGUUCAGGUUUAUUGGUAAUCACUUUUUCUAGACAUAUAGUUAAAUAUGUUUCCUGGAAGGUCGGCAUUGGUUCCAGGUUUAAAGAAAUAGGACACUCUGUCAGCAAACAGUUUGUCAUGUUGUGUUAAAAGAAAGAAAACAAAAGCAAAA